UCGUAAUUUGUACUGAAAACUGGAUCCUUGUCUCUCGCUGCCUACGUUGGUCGGUUUAAAUUACGUUCAAUUCAAAGUCUCACGAACGAGCCGCGACUGUUGUCAAACAUCGGUAUGGCAGCUAACGACACGAAAACCCCUUUUGAUUUUAGUGAGCAUCAGCACAUCCGAUACAAUCCCCUGAAAGGUGAAUGGGUCCUUGUCUCACCACAUCGCAUGAAGCGACCUUGGAAAGGUCAGGUCGAGAAGGCUCCAGAGCAGAACAUCCCCAGAAAUGACCCAAAGAAUCCCCUGUGUCCUGGGGCUACCAGGGCUCAUGGUGAUGUUAAUCCGGACUACCAGAGCACUUUUUUGUUUGAGAAUGACUUCCCUGCUCUCUUGCAAGAAGGGGCACCUACUCCAGGUCCGAGUGAACAUCAUCUUCUGAAGUGUGCGCCUGCUGUCGGUACAUGUCAGGUGAUGUGUUUCCAUCCUUGGUCAGAUGUCACCCUCCCUCUCAUGUCAUUGGAGGAAAUCAGGGUUGUGAUUGACAAGUGGGCGGAGCUUAUCACAGACUUUGGUGCUAAAUACAAAUGGGUUCAGAUCUUUGAAAACAAAGGAGCUGUGAUGGGAUGUUCCAAUCCUCAUCCUCAUUGUCAGAUGUGGGCAAGCAACUUCAUGCCCAACGAGCCCAGGAUGAAGGAGGUCCAUCAGAGAGAGUAUCUGAAGGAACACGGUACACCGCUGCUGCUGGAUUAUGUCAAAUUAGAAGCAGAGAAGAAGGAGAGGAUAGUAGUAGAGAAUAAAACAUGGAUUGCCGUAGUACCCUACUGGGCCACAUGGCCGUAUGAGACCAUGCUGUUACCACGACGACAUGUUCUCCGACUCCCGGACCUGACCGACGAGGAGAGAAAUGAUCUGGCUGACAUCACAAAGCAUCUCCUCAUCAAGUAUGACAAUCUCUUUGAGACCAACUUUCCUUACUCUAUGGGAUGGCAUGGUGCCCCAACUGGGGAGGAUAUGGGUAAAGACAACAGCCACUGGCAGCUCCAUGCUCUGUACUUCCCCCCUCUGUUACGAUCAGCCACAGUCAAGAAGUUCAUGGUGGGAUACGAGAUGUUAGCCCUAGCACAGAGGGAUCUCACAGCCGAGCAGGCAGCUGAGAAGUUACGAGCUCUUCCCGAUGUCCAUUACAAGCUAAAGGACAAACCAGUCAACAACUCUGACCAAUGAAAGAAGCCAAAGGAAUUUGUGUCCACAUUAUAAUGUCAGCCGGCGGGUAUCUUUCAUAUAUGGUAUUACAAUACAGCUGCAGUAUUCAAGAUGUACAACUAACUAUCUUGUUAUUGUUUUCAAUUGCAUUUGCAAAUGACACUACAAGAAAAUGUAUACAUUAAUCACAUUGGAAAUAAUGUAUGUAUCAAAGGUGUAUAACAUUGAACAAAUUUCUUUGGUUGAUUUUGAUGAAACAAGUUGUAAUUUGAUGUAUUACUGAAAUCAUUGUGUUUGAUUUACUUAUCAUAAAUUUCUUAUGAAAUUGUAAAAAGUUUUAUUUUCAUAAAAAGAGGUAAAGAGGCUGUUCUCAGUCUUACACUUGCUGACUUUAAGUGAGUGUAACAUAUAUUGAUGUGAUGUACGAGGACAUUAACUGCACUAACGAUGGUUUUGUGCAACAGGCCUCUGGACUUUUUGCUCGUGAAUCUGGGUGCAAGAUGAGCAACUACAGUGAAGUUGAGAAGGAGGAAGAGGAAGAUAAGGAGGAUAAUUAUGAUGAUGAUGAUGAUGAUGAUGAUGAUGGUGGUGGUGGUGAGUGCAUACAAUUAUGCGAUUGCUUUAAGAAAUUAUCAUGUUGUACCACUACCAAUAUUCUAUGAUUACCUUAAAUUUACCUUAAAUUUACCUUAAAUUUACCUUAAAUUUACCUUAAAUUUACCUUAAAUUUACCUUAAAUUUACAUCGUCCAUUUGCAAUAUGAGUAAUGCUGCAAUGAUAAGUAUUUUGUGAAGAAAAGCGUAAUGGAAAUGUACUAAAUUGGAUGUCUUUGAAAUGAAUAUCUCUUCAUAUAUACUGGUGG